AUGGGCACGGGAAUUCUGACCAAUCCCGAGCUUGGACAGGCGGCCUCGGCCCCCCAACUACUGCGCCUAUUUGUGGGACCCGUACUGAUCGGCGUUCGUACGCGGCCGCAGUGGCUGACUCCUUCCUUGACGGAGAUGGUCAGUAUCCAGUGGCUACAGAACGGGGUGCACAGGGGAAAGGACCGCGGGUCGGGUCCUCUCCUAUCGCGGGAGCUUUUUCCUGUGACGUUGUGGCUCGAUCUCGAAAUCUCGGGUCGGCGUAUGAGCCUCACUUGUUGGUGUCUGCGGGCUCGGGACCGGUGA